AUGUUACUACUCCCGCUGUCCAAACCCUCAUGUUACUACUCCCGCUGUCCAAACUCUCAUGUUACUACUCCCGCUGUCCAAAUCCUCAUGUUACUACUCCCGCAGUCCAAACCCUCAUGUUACUACUCCCGCUGUCCAAACUCUCAUGUUACUACUCCCGCUGUCCAAACCCUCAUGUUACUAUUCCCACUGUCCAAGCCCUCAUGUUACUACUCCCGUAGUCCAAACCCUCAUGUUACUACUCCCGCUGUUCAAACCCUCAUGUUACUACUCGCGCUGUCCAAACCCUCAUGUUACUACUCCCGCUGUCCAAACCCUCAUGUUACUACUCCCGCUGUCCAAACCCUCAUGUUACUACUCCCGCUGUCCAAACCCUCAUGUUACUACUCCCGCUGUCCAAACCCUCAUGUUACUACUCCCGCUGUCCAAACCCUCAUGUUACUACUCCCGCUGUCCAAACCCUCAUGUUACUACUCCCGCUGUCCAAACCCUCAUGUUACUACUCCCGCUGUCCAAACCCUCAUGUUACUACUCGCGCUGUCCAAACCCUCAUGUUACUACUCCCGCUGUCCAAACCCUCAUGUUACUACUCCCGCUGUCCAAACCCUCAUGUUACUACUCCCGCUGUCCAAACCCUCAUGUUACUACUCCCGCUGUCCAAACCCUCAUGUUACUACUCCCGCUGUCCAAACCCUCAUGUUACUACUCCCGCUGUCCAAACCCUCAUGUUACUACUCCCGCUGUCCAAACCCUCAUGUUACUACUCCCGCUGUCCAAACCCUCAUGUUACUACUCCCGCUGUCCAAACCCUCAUGUUACUACUCCCGCUGUCCAAACCCUCAUGUUACUACUCCCGCUGUCCAAACCCUCAUGUUACUACUCCCGCUGUCCAAACCCUCAUGUUACUACUCCCGCUGUCCAAACCCUCAUGUUACUACUCCCGCUGUCCAAACCCUCAUGUUACUACUCCCGCUGUCCAAACCCUCAUGUUACUACUCCCGCUGUUAUAGUCUCUCAUAA